AUGCUCCGGCAUACUCUGGCUCGUUCGGCUUGGCGGACUGGCCGGCAGGCCGCCAAUGCCUCGCGCACCUUUGCCUCCACCACCCAGCGAAAUGCCGAAGUCGAGCUCACAAUUGAUGGCAAGAAGGUUUCGAUAGAAGCUGGUUCUGCUCUCAUCCAAGCCUGCGAAAAGGCUGGUGUGACCAUUCCUAGAUACUGUUACCAUGAGAAGCUCAUGAUUGCCGGAAACUGCCGUAUGUGCUUGGUCGAAGUCGAGAAGGCCCCGAAGCCCGUUGCGUCGUGUGCCUGGCCCGUCCAGCCUGGCAUGGUCGUCAAGACCAACUCGCCUCUCACCCACAAGGCUCGCGAGGGUGUCAUGGAGUUCCUUCUGGCCAACCACCCCCUCGACUGCCCCGUCUGCGACCAGGGCGGCGAGUGUGAUCUCCAGGACCAGUCUAUGCGAUACGGCGGCGACAGGGGCCGCUUCCACGAGAUUGGCGGCAAGCGUGCUGUCGAGGACAAGAACAUUGGCCCUCUCAUCAAGACGUCCAUGAACAGGUGCAUUCACUGCACGCGUUGCGUCCGAUUCGCCAACGACAUCGCCGGUGCUCCCGAGCUUGGCUCGAUCGGCCGUGGCAACGAUCUGCAGAUUGGUACCUACCUCGAGCAGAGCCUGAACACCGAACUGUCCGGCAACGUGAUCGACCUGUGCCCCGUCGGUGCCCUGACUUCCAAGCCUUACGCUUUCCGCGCGAGGCCGUGGGAGCUGAAGCACUCCGAGUCCAUCGACGUUCUCGAUGCUCUCGGUUCCAACAUUCGCGUUGACUCUAGGGGACUGGAGGUCAUGCGUAUCCUGCCUAGGCUCAACGACGACGUCAACGAGGAGUGGAUCAACGACAAGACCCGAUUCGCCUGCGACGGCCUUAAGACCCAGCGACUCACCAUGCCCCUCGUCCGCCGCAACGGCAAGUUCGAGCCCGCCGACUGGGAGCAGGCCCUCACCGAGAUUGGCCGCGCCUACCAGACCCUCCAGCCCAAGGCCAACGAGUUCAAGGCCAUUGCCGGUGAGCUGACCGAGGUCGAGUCCCUCGUUGUCAUGAAGGACCUGGCCAACAAGCUCGGCUCCGACAACCUCGCCCUUGACAUGCCUUCCGGCAGCCAGCCCAUCUCCCACGGUGUCGACGUUCGCUCCAACUACCUCUUCAACUCGCAAAUUGCCGGUAUCGAGGUGGCUGACGCCAUCCUCAUUGUCGGCAGCAACCCCAGGCACGAGGCCGCUGUCCUGAACGCCCGCAUCAGGAAGCAGUGGCUGCGCUCCGACCUCGAGAUUGGCGUUGUUGGCGAGACGUGGGACUCGACUUUCGAGUUUGAGCACCUCGGAACCGACCACGCCGCCCUGAAGAAGGCUCUCGCCGGCCCCUUCGGCAAGAAGCUCCAGGCUGCCAAGAACCCCAUGAUCAUCGUCGGCUCUGGCGUCACCGACCACGCUGAUGCUAAGGCCUUCUACGAGACCGUCGGUACCUUUGUCGACAAGAACGCCGCCAACUUCAUCACCCCCGAGUGGAACGGCUACAACGUUCUGCAGCGUGCCGCCUCGAGGGCUGGUGCCUUCGAGGUUGGUUUCGUCACCCCCUCGGCCGAGGUUGCGGCGACCAAGCCCAAGUUCGUCUGGCUCCUUGGUGCCGAUGAGUUCGACGCUGCCGACAUUCCCAAGGACGCCUUUGUCGUGUACCAGGGCCACCACGGUGACCGCGGUGCCGAGAUUGCCGAUAUUGUUCUGCCCGGCGCCGCCUACACCGAGAAGGCUGGCACCUACAUCAACACCGAGGGCCGUGUUCAGAUGACCCGUGCCGCCACGUCGCUCCCCGGUGCCUCCAGGACAGACUGGAAGAUCCUCCGUGCCGCCUCUGAGUUCCUCGGCGUCCCCCUGACGUAUGACGACGUGUCCCAGGUCCGUGACCGCAUGGCCGAGAUCAGCCCUGCGCUGGCCGCCUAUGAUGUCGUGGAGCCCGUCUCCCUGCAGCAGCUCAGCAAGGUGCAGCUGGUGGACCAGAACAAGGGCGCCAAGCCCACCGGUGCCCCUCUCAAGAAGGUCAUCGACAACUUUUACUUCACAGACGUCAUCUCGAGGAGCUCACCAACGAUGGCCCGUGUUUCGGCUUCCAAGGCCACCGGCGACCCGAGGACCAACUUUAUGGCGCCCGGCAUGGAGGAGGACAGGCCGAUGGGCCAGGUUGCGUACGGAGCGUAA